UAGACGGCGUGAGCUGAGGGAGCUGUUCCCUUCUGGCCUUGGAGGAACUAGGAUGGUGGCACAGAUGGAGAGCUGCUCCCCUUGGGACCAGUCAAGGAAUUGAGGUCACACCAGUGGCCCCUCUUUCUGUUUGAGCUGCAUUGGGAGGUGGUGUAGGGACAGCUCUGUAGCUGAGCAUGGCAAGACUGGGGGGCACAUCACAGUCCUCCAGUGGAGCCCCUGCGUGACCCCCCCCCCCCCCAAAUACAGGCCAGUGGCUGGCAGACUUGCACUUGGUGUGCUGGUUUAAAAGGCGACAGUGAGAACUUGAUUGCAGGGGCUGCUGCCUCUUAGUUUGCAUUCCCGACAGAUUUCUGUAGAAGACACUGGGGUGGCUCUCAAGGAAGGCUCCCCAGCAAGGGGGGCUGGAUUGCUUGGAAAUGUGGAGCCAGCGGGGAGAUGGGGAACAUAGGAAAUACUCUCGUCCAUGUGAUCUGAGGGAGGUGGCAAGGAAAACCUCCAUCUGUGUGGGCUUUCCCCUCCUGACUUCUCUUUUCUGUUCCCUGGGCUUUCUUGAGAGCCUCAGAGCUGGGGAAGAAAAAAGGAACGUUAGCAUGUUAAAAUUCCUUCUCAGCAACCUGGGGAGAGGCUGGGGAUGGAAGUCCACAGAGGAGAGGAAAUAGAGGAGUUUUUCUUUUGUUUCUGGGCUGACUGAGGAAGAUGGUAACAUUUGUCAUCAUAACCUUUUACUCUCCCCCUCCCCCCAGUCCUGGUCAGCUGAGUGUGGAAAUAGAGGGAUUCCUGCCGCUAUUGUGGUCCAUGGGCUUUCAAGGUCACACCACCUACAAGUAGGGAGCAGGGACAGAGAAAGAGCCUGCAUGCCAUUUCUAAGGUCUUCAGGAUCAAAUGUCGUUCGUCCUCUCCAGAAUGGCAGCCUGUGGAGGCACCUGCAAGACCAAAGUCACGGUCUCCAAGCCUGUGUGGGACUUCUUAAGCAAGGAGACACCAGCCCGGCUGGCCCGGCUUCGGGAAGAGCAUCGUGUGUCCAUCCUCAUAGAUGGCGAGACUUCUGACAUCUAUGUUCUCCAGCUUUCCCCACAGGGCCCCCCGCCCGCCCCUCCCAAUGGGCUCUACCUGGCCAGGAAGGCUCUUAAGGGGCUGCUAAAAGAGGCAGAGAAAGAGCUGAAGAAAGCUCAGAGGCAGGGAGAGCUUAUGGGCUGCCUGGCUUUGGGCGGUGGGGGGGAACAUCCUGAGCUGCACCGCCCAGGCCCACCCCCUCUCCGAGCAGCCCCACUCUUGCCCCCAGGGGCACGGGGGCUUCCUCCUCCUCCUCCCCCCCUGCCCCCUCCUCUUCCUCCCCGCCUUCGGGAGGAAGCAGAAGAGCAGGAGAGUACCUGCCCCAUCUGUCUGGGGGAGAUCCAGAACGCCAAGACAUUGGAGAAGUGUCGGCACUCUUUCUGUGAAGGCUGCAUCACCCGGGCCCUGCAGGUGAAAAAGGCCUGUCCCAUGUGUGGCCGCUUCUAUGGGCAGCUGGUAGGCAACCAGCCCCAGAAUGGACGGAUGCUGGUCUCUAAGGAUGCCACACUCCUACUGCCCAGUUAUGAGAAGUAUGGCACCAUCGUCAUCCAGUAUGUCUUCCCGCCCGGUGUCCAGGGGGCUGAACACCCAAACCCAGGAGUUCGGUAUCCUGGCACCACUCGGGUGGCCUACCUCCCGGACUGCCCCGAGGGUAACAAGGUGCUGACCCUGUUCCGAAAGGCGUUUGACCAGCGUCUCACCUUCACUAUUGGCACGUCAAUGACUACAGGGAGACCGAAUGUCAUCACCUGGAACGACAUCCACCACAAGACCAGCUGCACAGGGGGACCCCAGCUGUGGGACACUUCUUCAUUUCCCUUUACUUGGCUCCUCCCCUUUGUUUCCACGGAGAGAACAACAAUCCCCUCUCUCUGGGAGCCUCCUGAUUGGAGUGGGCCAGCCCCAAACUAUUCAACCAUCUCUUCCAUCCCAGUUUCUCCUACAUUUAACCUGGUCCUGAUAUGCCCAGUUUAACCUGCAAAAAUAAGCAGAAUUGGGCUAAUUUAUCUUGGAUUUGGAUUACAUUAGGGGAGGGAGCAGAGGGUCCACAAUGGGGCACCCAGAAUGAGUGUGAGCAUGGGGACAAAGCUGAACAGCUAACCCUGACCCUCAUUUUUCUUUGCUUUCAGGUUUGGGUACCCAGACCCCACCUACUUGACCCGGGUGCAAGAGGAGCUGAGAGCCAAGGGUAUCACAGAUGAUUGAAAGACAUCCCCUUUGCCAAGGCCCCGGCCUUUGUCCUCCACUAGGACCCAACAGAAGCCUCUGUUCUCCUCUCUCCCUCUGCUCCCCCAUACCACACAGUAGGGGACCUGUCUGAACUGGGGAGGAGUUCAGAGAGGGAUGGGGCAAUCCCUUCCUCUGUCCCCACAGGCCAAGUGCUUCAGUGCAGUGUGAGCUGCUCCCUUCUGGCAGAGGCUGUUUCUCAGGCUCUGCUCCCCUCUGGUGUACAUACUCCCAGUCUUCCUGCCCCGUCCAUUGCCCUUGGCUUUUUCUGGUCUUUCUGUGCUCCAGCGACUAAGCUGAGAAAGGACCUGGGUGGGGUGGGGUGGGGAGGGGAGGGGUCUUGAACGCCCACUCCCAUCCCAUACUGUUCCACUAAUGAACUUCGGUGCAGGGGAGGGGGGAUCAGCUGCUGUGAGCCCCCAUGGAGCGGCCCUGUAUGUUCUUAACCAAUUCCCCAUCUACCUUAACCUUGUCCUUUCCUGUGUCUCUGUUUCUGUCAGUCUGUCUCCUGCUCUUCUCUGCCCCCUAUAAGGAGCCUCCUUACCCUGUUCUGGAACUGCCGCCAAACUGUAGCUUUUAAUUUAAUAAAAAUAAAGUA